AUGCGGGGGACUCCUGGGAACUGGGUUGGAGCCGAGCUACCGCUAGCCAGGCGCAAGCGCGCACAGACUGCAGCCACCCGAGGACCCCCCGCCCCGGGCCACCCGGGGACCCCAGCACAGAUUCGCCUCUAGAUCCCCAGCAAUCUGCGGGAGUGUCGGAGGUUGGCGCGGGUCCCCGCCCUCCGCGCCCCCCACGGGAAGGAAGCCCCCGAACUAAAAAGAGAGGAGCGGAAAGAAGCUUUUAUUCGCCGGCCGGGAGGCGAGCCGAUGCCGAGCUGCACCGCGUCGAACAUGCCGGGGAUGAUCUGCAAGAACCCAGACCUCGAGUUUGACUCGCUGCAGCCUUGCUUCUACCCGGACGAAGAUGACUUCUACUUCGGCGGCCCUGACUCGACCCCCCCAGGGGAGGACAUCUGGAAGAAGUUUGAGCUGCUGCCCACGCCCCCACUGUCGCCCAGCCGUGCCUUCCCGGAGCACAGCCCGGAGCCCCCGAACUGGGCCACCGAGAUGCUGCUGCCCGAGGCCGACCUGUGGGGCAACCCGGCCGAGGAGGACGCGUUCGGCCUGGGAGGCCUGGGCAGCCUCACCCCCAACCCGGUCAUCCUCCAGGACUGCAUGUGGAGCGGCUUUUCGGCCCGGGAGAAGCUGGAGCGCGCCGUGAGCGAGAAGCUACAGCACGGCCGGCCGCCGGCCGGGCCCGCCUCCCCGGCCCCGGGAGCGGGCGCCGCCAGCCCUGCUGGCCGCGGGCACACUGCGGGGACCGGCCGCGCAGGGCCCGCCCUGCCCUCCGAGCUCGCCCACCCGGCCGCCGAGUGCGUGGAUCCCGCGGUGGUCUUCCCCUUCCCGGUGAACAAGCGCGAGCCCGCGCCCCUGCCAGCUGCCCAGGCUGGUGCUCCGGCGGCGGGCACCGCGGUCGCCUCGGGGGCGAGUGCCGCAGCUCCAGCCGGCGCUCCGGUGGCCUCCCUUUCGCGCACCGGCGGGCGUCCGGCCAGCGGCGGUGACCACAAGGCUCUGAGCACCUCCGGAGAGGACACUCUGAGCGACUCAGAUGAUGAAGAUGAUGAAGAGGAAGACGAAGAGGAGGAAAUUGACGUGGUGACCGUGGAGAAGCGGCGGUCCUCCUCCAACAGCAAGGCCGUCACCACCUUCACCAUCACCGUGCGCCCCAAGAGCGCAGCCCUGGGCCCGGGGAGAGUCCAGGCCGGUGACCUGAUCCUCAAGCGCUGCGUCCCCAUCCACCAGCAGCACAACUAUGCCGCCCCAUCUCCCUAUGUGGAGAGCGAGGAUGCGCCGCCCCAGAAGAAGAUUAAGAGUGAAGCGUCCCCCCGUCCUCUCAAGAGCGUCAUCCCCCCAAAGGCUAAGAGCUUGAGCCCCCGCAACUCUGACUCGGAAGACAGUGAGCGCCGCCGGAACCACAAUAUCUUGGAGCGCCAGCGCCGCAACGACCUGCGGUCCAGCUUCCUCACGCUCAGGGACCACGUGCCAGAGCUGGUGAAGAACGAGAAGGCCGCCAAAGUGGUCAUUUUGAAAAAGGCCACCGAGUACGUCCACUCCCUGCAGGCUGAGGAGCACCAGCUCUUGCUGGAGAAGGAGAAGUUGCAGGCCAGACAGCAGCAGUUGCUAAAGAAAAUCGAACACGCUCGGACUUGCUAA